AUGUGUACUUCGACAUCAGAUGUUGAAGCUGCGUACAUAUUAUUCGAAUUAAGCAAACACUAUAAAAAACAGUCACCAAAAGAAAACCCUAUAGAUCAUGAGGUUACCUUACAAGCAAGCGAAGGUCACCAAAUUCAACCUAAGAAGAGGAAAGCUGAUAAAAACCAGUAUUUAAAUCAAACAAACCAGCCUAUGAAAAAAUCUGCAUUGGAGGAAGACGAUUCCGAAGAAACCCUGAUUAAGUUGCUCGAGUGGAAGAAAAUUAAGCCCGAUUUCGGAGAUAUAAUCAUCCAUGUUGCUAAUGAGGGAUUCAGCGAACCGAUAAGGAAGCAGUUGAGGGAAAGCGAUAUAAAGAAUGAUCAAAGCAGGCUCAUGUUAGGGAAGACGCUAGUGAGGACGAGGAUGCUUCCUCUUUUGAAAGAUUCAGAGAUUAGUUGCAUUAGUCGCGGAACAGAAGGGCUCGAUGUUUCGGUUUACGGACAAGACGGAGAGGUUCAAGGGAUGAAGUUCAAGAUGUGGAAUGUAGAUACCCCUGUUUUGACUUCAGGAUGGAAAGAGUUUGUGGCCAAAUAUGAUCUCAUGAAGCAUUGUGAUUUUCUAAUUAUUUCCAUGUUUAGGCACGUAGAGAGUGGUAAGAUUUGCUUCGCGAUCGACUCCAAUACUAGGUUUACUUCUAUAAAGAAACCGGUGAGUAAGAGGAUCUCGAAGGCUGUCUUCGAGAAUCCAAAUUAG